AUGCUUACAUGAGUUAGAUCCAAAUCUCAUCGACUCGGAUUUCUCUCUAUUUCCGAACCCAACUCAACAACGGGUCAAAACUCACUCCCUCUGCUCUUCCUCUCACUUCAUCUUAAUGCUCAUUUCCGUUCCGUUCAAAACUCCGGUAGCAGAGGUAGCAUAGCUGCAAUCAUUUUGCGAUGGACGAGGAAAAUGCUGUGGAGCUUUUACAGAGGUUUCGCCGCGACAGGCGAAUACUGCUUGAUUUUAUACUGGCUGGUAGCUUAAUCAAGAAGGUCAUAAUGCCUCCCGGGGCGGUUACGCUGGACGAUGUGGAUCUUGACCAAGUCAGUGUUGAUUAUGUGCUCAAUUGUGCUAGGAAAGGUGGAAUGCUUGAACUGUCUGAGGCUAUUAGAGACUAUCAUGACCAUACCGGGUUGCCUCAAAUGAAUAAUUCUGGUUCUACUGGUGAAUACUUUUUGGUUACGAAUCCUGAGUCUUACGGUUCUCCUCCAAAGAGGGCACCACCACCUGUUCCAGACUACACACCGCUUCCUGUUCUCGUGCCACCUCCUGUAAUCACACCAUCUAUUCCAGACCUUGACUCAUCUCCAGUCGCGUCGAAUGUAUCACAAUCUGAAUCUUUUAACUCCACACAAGUUCGAGAACUUACUGUAGAUGAUAUUGAAGAUUUUGAGGAUGAUGAUUUAGAUGAGACUGACAGUCUCAGGAUUUCAAGAAGGAUUCGUAAUGAUGCUGCUGAUCUUGCUCUUGGAUUGCCUUCUUUUAAAACAGGUAUUAUAGAAGAUGAUCUCCGCGAGACUGCAUAUGAAAUCCUCUUGGCGUGUGCUGGUGCUGCAGGGGGUCUCAUUGUGCCAUCAAAAGAGAAAAAGAAAGACAAAAGGUCAAAGCUGAUGAGGAAACUAGGACGUAGUAGAAGUGAAAAUGUUGUGAGUCAGUCUCAACGAGCACCUGGGAUGGUUGGUUUGUUGGAAGCCAUGCGUGUCCAGAUGGAGAUAUCUGAGGCAAUGGACAUCAGAACUAGACAAGGGCUGCUGAAUGCACUAGCAGGAAAAGUGGGAAAAAGAAUGGAUGCCCUACUAGUUCCUUUGGAACUUUUAUGUUGUAUUUCACGGUCAGAAUUUUCUGACAAGAAGGCUUAUAUACGAUGGCAGAAAAGGCAGUUGAAUAUACUAGAGGAGGGGCUUCUUAAUCACACUGCUGUUGGAUUUGGGGAGUCUGGACGGAAGGCGAGUGAGUUGAGGAUUCUUUUAGCAAAGAUUGAAGAAUCUGAGUCUCUUCCACCCUCCACCGGUGAACUCCAACGAACAGAAUGCUUGAGAUCUCUUCGAGAGAUUACUGCUCCACUUGCUGAGAGGCCUGCUCGGGGUGACUUGACUGGUGAAGUAUGCCACUGGGCAGAUGGUUAUCAUUUGAAUGUUAGACUCUAUGAGAAGCUGCUUGUCAGUGUCUUCGAUAUGUUAGAUGAGGGAAAGCUAACUGAGGAAGUGGAAGAAAUACUUGAGCUCUUGAAGUCAACAUGGCGUGUUUUAGGUAUCACGGAGACCAUUCAUUACACCUGCUAUGCAUGGGUCUUAUUCCGUCAGCAUGUUGUUACCAGUGAGCAAGGAAUUUUACAACAUGCCAUUGAACAGUUAAAGAAAAUACCAUUGAAGGAACAAAGGGGACCGCAAGAGAGGUUACACUUGAAAAGUUUGCAUUCCAGAGUUGAAGGCAAACAGGGUUACCAAGAUUUAUCUUUCUUACAGUCCUUUUUGUCUCCCAUUCAGAAAUGGGCUGAUAAGCAACUUGGAGACUACCACCUGCACUUCGCUGAGGUGUCAGUUAUGAUGGAGAAUAUAGUGACGGUUGCGAUGAUUACUCGGAGGCUUCUUCUGGAGGAACCUGAAGCAGCUACGAUGCAAUCUACAUCUGCCACUGAUCGAGAUCAAAUAGAAUCUUAUAUAUCAUCUUCUAUCAAGAAUGCAUUUACAAGGAUCUUGCAGUCUCUUGAAAAAUCAGACACCAAGCACGAACAUCAUUUGGCAUUGCUUGCUGAAGAGACCAAGAAACUUUUGAAAAAGGACACGGCCUUGUUUAUGCCAAUUUUAUCUCAGAGGCAUCCACAAGCAACUGCUGUCUCAUCCUCGCUUCUUCAUAGGCUUUAUGGCAACAAGUUGAAACCUUUUCUUGGUGUUGCUGAGCAUCUGACCGAGGAUGUGGUAUCUGUAUUUCCUGCUGCCGACGACCUUGAGCAGUACAUGAUGGAACUUAUUUUGUCGUCUUGUGGAGAGGAAACUGCAGAGAUAUACUCUAGGAAAAUAGUUCCUUACCAGAUUGAGUCUAUAUCUGGAACAUUAGUGAUGCGUUGGGUCAAUUCACAACUUGCGAGGAUCUUAGGUUGGGUUGAACGGGCUAUUCAACAAGAGAGGUGGGACCCAAUAUCACCUCAACAGCGGCAUGGGAAUUCAAUAGUUGAAGUAUUUAGAAUUGUAGAGGAGACUGUUGACCAAUUUUUUGAGCUUAAGGUUCCAAUGAGGUCUUCAGAAUUGAGUAGCCUGUUUCGUGGAGUUGACAAUGCAUUUCAAGUUUAUGCAAAUCACGUCAUUGACAAAUUGGCUACCAAGGAGGACUUGAUUCCACCUGUGCCCAUUCUCACACGAUACAAGAAGGAAGCUGGGAUAAAGGCUUUUGUAAAAAAGGAACUAUUUGACCCUAGGUUGCCUGAUGAGAGAAGGUCUACGGAAAUUAAUGUUCGAACCACUCCAACCCUCUGUGUUCAGUUGAACACACUUUAUUAUGCAAUCAAUGAGUUGAAUAAGUUGGAAGAUGGCAUUUGGGAGCGAUGGACGAGGAAGAAGCCCCGCCAAAAGUUUAUCAAGAAAUCCGUAGAUGAGAAAUCUAAAAGUUUCAUGCAGAAGGACACAUUUGAUGGGAGUAGGAAAGAUAUAAACGCUGCUAUAGACCGAAUAUGCGAGUUCACCGGAACUAAAAUUAUCUUUUGGGAUUUGAGGGAACCAUUUAUCAACAACUUAUAUAAACCAAGUGUUUCUCUUUCUAGGUUCGAGGCAGUGAUCGAACCACUUGAUAUGGAACUUUGUCAACUAUGUGAUAUAAUUGUGGAACCACUCAGGGAUCGUAUUGUGACAAGUCUCCUUCAAGCAACACUGGAUGGCUUACUCCGUGUCCUAUUAGAUGGGGGCCCAUCCCGAGUUUUCUCUUUGGGCGAUGGAAAACUAUUAGAAGAAGAUUUAGAGGUCCUCAAGGAGUUUUUUAUCUCUGGUGGAGAUGGGCUUCCACGAGGAGUGGUCGAAAAUCAGGUAUCACGCGUUCGGCUUGUGGUAAAGUUGCACAGUUAUGAGACUCGAGAACUGAUCGACGACUUAAAAUCUUCAAGUGGCCUGGAACUGCAGGGUGGUAGAAGCAAACUAGGAGCUGAUUCUAAGACUCUAUUGCGAAUAUUAUGUCACCGGGGUGAUUCAGAGGCCUCCCAAUUUGUCAAGAAACAAUACAAGAUCCCAAAGUCCUCUGCUUAGGGAUUGUGUUUGAUAUUCCAAAUCUGGGGGAAAAUGUAAAGCAGUAAAAUUUGUAUGCUCAUGUUUUGUUUGUGUAUAAUUUCAUUUCUCCAUCUGGUUACUGUGUAAUUAAUUUUUUCAGUAUUGUUUUAUUACACAGACGAAAAAUAAACUAGUUGUACGUCUUUAAUGUGUACCAUUUAUUCUUUUCCAGUGAACACCUUUAUAUCCUCUUC